UUUCUGUACUGGUGCAUGACGGUUCAUUUUCCAGACACUGAAAGAGCAGAAUGGCUAAAUAAGACUGUAAAACACAUGUGGCCUUUUAUUUGCCAAUUUAUAGAGAAGUUGUUUCGAGAAACCAUAGAGCCAGCGGUGCGGGGAGCAAACACCCACCUUAGCACCUUUAGUUUCACGAAAGUCGACAUGGGUCAGCAGCCCCUCAGGGUCAAUGGUGUUAAGGCGUACACUGAAAAUGUGGACAAAAGGCAGAUUAUUUUGGAUCUUCAGAUUAGUUUUGUAGGAAAUUGUGAGAUUGAUUUGGAGAUCAAGCGAUAUUUUUGUAGAGCCGGUGUGCAAAGUAUACAGAUUCACGGUACAAUGCGGGUGAUCCUGGAACCGCUGAUCGGAGACAUGCCCUUAGUGGGAGCUUUGUCUAUCUUCUUUCUCAGGAAGCCACUUUUAGAAAUUAACUGGACAGGCCUGACCAACCUUCUCGAUAUCCCUGGACUGAAUGGUUUGUCAGACACUAUCAUUUUGGAUAUAAUAUCAAACUAUCUGGUGCUUCCCAAUCGCAUCACUGUUCCUCUUGUCAGCGAAGUCCAGAUAGCCCAGUUGCGGUUUCCAAUACCAAAGGGUGUCCUGCGGAUACAUUUCAUUGAAGCUCAGGAUCUUCAGGGCAAGGAUACUUACCUUAAGGGGCUUGUCAAGGGGAAGUCCGACCCCUAUGGAGUCAUUCGAGUUGGCAACCAAGUCUUCCAGAGCAAGGUCAUCAAAGAGAACCUUAGUCCAAAGUGGAAUGAGGUGUACGAGGCCCUGGUCUAUGAACAUCCUGGACAGGAAUUAGAGAUUGAGCUCUUUGAUGAAGACCCGGACAAGGACGACUUUCUGGGAAGCCUUAUGAUUGAUCUUACCGAAGUUGAAAAGGAGCGCCUUUUAGAUGAAUGGUUUACCUUGGACGAGGUCUGCAGAGGAAAGCUGCACUUGAAACUGGAGUGGCUCACGUUAACGACAGACGCCUCUACUCUCGACAAGGUGCUGACAGACAUCAGAGCCGACAAGGGUCAAGCCAAUGAUGGGCUCUCCUCUUCUUUGCUGAUCUUGUAUUUGGAUUCAGCGAGGAACCUUCCGAAUAACCCAUUAGAAUUUAACCCUGAUGUCUUGAAGAAGUCUGCAGUGCAGAAAUCUUUAAAGUCAGGGAAGAAAAUUAACAGCAACCCAAACCCUCUUGUGCAGAUGUCAGUUGGUCACAAAGCCCAGGAGAGCAAGAUUCGGUAUAAAACCAAUGAACCUGUGUGGGAGGAACACUUCACCUUCUUCAUUCACAAUCCCAAGCGCCAGGACCUUGAAGUUGAGGUCAAAGAUGAACAGCAUCAGUGUUCCCUGGGGAAUCUGAAGAUCCCUCUCAGUCAGCUGCUCAGCAGAGAUGACAUGACUAUAAACCAGCGAUUCCAGCUCAGUAAUUCAGGUCCAAACAGUACUCUGAAGAUGAAGAUCGCCCUCAGGGUGCUCCACCUGGAAAAGCAGGAACGGUCUCCAGACCACCAGCACUCAGCUCAAGUAAAGCGACCCUCUGUUUCUAAGGAAGGAAGAAAAAUAUCUGUCAGAUCUCAGAGGACCGCGUCACCAGGCGCUGGUGACAGUAGCACGGCCCCGUCCACACCGGUCCCUGGGGGCGGUGAUAAGCCCAGCGCGGAGGAGAGAGCCCAGCCUGCGGAGGCCAGCCCGCCGGGGCUGCGAGGCCUGGGCAGAAGCUCCUCCAGCCUCCAGGUCGGCGCCACCUGCUCCCCCAGCCACACGUUUGUCAAGGAGCCCACGCCCAGCAUAGCCUCGGACAUAUCGCUGCCUGUCGCCACGCAGGAGCUUCGGCAGAGGCUGCGGCAGCUCGAGAAUGGGACGACGCUGGGGCAGUCUCCGCUGGGGCAGGUCCAGCUGACGAUCCGGCACAGCUCCCAGAGGAACAAGCUAGUGGUGGUCGUGCACGCCUGCAGAAAUCUCAUUGCCUUCUCUGAAGAUGGCUCUGACCCCUAUGUCCGCAUGUAUUUGUUACCAGACAAGAGGAGGUCGGGAAGGAGGAAAACACACGUGUCAAAGAAAACCCUGAACCCCGUGUUUGAUCAGAGCUUCGAUUUUAGCGUUUCCUUGCCAGAAGUGCAGAGGAGAACACUGGAUGUCGCUGUGAAGAACAGCGGCGGCUUCCUGUCCAAAGACAAAGGGCUUCUUGGCAAAGUACUGGUUGGCCUGGCAUCUGAAGAACUCGCCAAGGGCUGGACCCAGUGGUAUGACCUCACGGAAGAUGGGACGAGGCCACACAUGGUGACGUAGGCUCGCUGGGCGUGAGGAGCCCUUCUCAGUAUCCGCCCUUCCCAUGUGCCUCGACUGCACCCUCCCACAGAUGUGCUGAUGCUAUUUUUCUACUUUCGUGUACUCAGUUAUACAUACCUUGGUAGUUUUAUAAAACAUGUCGACACUUUAGACAUAUUUGGCCAACAUUGUUAAAUUUUGUAUGUUUGAUUUGCUCUGGUAUUUCUCGCCAGUUAUUACAGUGUAGACGAUAGAAUAUGAUAGAAUAUAGUUAUUGUGUUACCUUAAGCUGUAUGUCGGUUGUGUCUACUAGGAAGCAGAUACAUGUAUAUGCUUUAUCAUUGCCUUGUUUUGUAUAUCACUGAGGUACACCAUGCCAUGUAAAUAGAUUCUAUUUUUUAUAAUCUCUACAUGCUGGUAUGAAUUCAAAAGAAAAUGGAUUAUGGAAAUAUUUAUAUUUUUUCUUCUAAAACUUAUUAAAUUCUUAUGAUAAUCAUUUUUGUCUUUGCAGAAAAAAGUUCUCAGUGACUUAUUUUAUGACGUUUCUUUUUAAAAAACAAAGAUUAUUAAAUAUUAGUUACCAAUGAAAGAAAGUAUACAAAAUAUUAAUACUUUCAUAAAUAAAAAGAAUUAUUGAGAAAUUGGUUGAAGUGCUUAUAAGGAAAAAUGUUAUAUAGCUGAGCAGCAUAAAAUAUUAAGAGAAUUGUUGUGCUUCAUAAAUCAGCAUACCAAUCUGAAAUUUCUUACAUGAAAUUAAAUGUCUUCAGUGUCUUUUUAAUUGCUGUUUAUAACUUAUUCAUGAAAUAGUGCACACGUACAAAGUUAUGCUUUUCCUAAAAUGCGGUAUGGACAGAUUUUCAACGUUAGCAGGUAGGCUAUUGUGAAAUAGUCAGUCCUCAGCUUUGUUAAUUUUUCGUGUUUUCCCAGCCUGUAAGGAAAGACAAGCUUACACUGUCACCGUUAAGGCUGUGUGGUAAAUCGGGCCAAGUAGAUAGGAAGUCGUGUUAGAAAACCACAGCCAAUCCAGUCAUUCACCUUGUGACGUGGCACAUAGGACUGAUCCCCUCACUGGUACUCAGUGUCGUUCUGCCCUUAACGCUCAGGCCGCCAGGGGGCCCAGCGGUGCCAGCACAGAGGCUGCUGGUUGUAAACACCGUUUCCUGGGCGUGCUUCCCUCGUGCCGUGACUGACCUCAGUAUUGGAAUAUUGUUAUUCAGUUUUUAUUUUGGAAUACAUUUUUCUCCUUAGAUUAUUAAAAGCAUGUUUUAUAUGCUUAAGAGUGUCACAUGGCAGUGUCAUGAGCUGUGCGUGCCUACACACAAAGGACGCGCGCAUGCGUAGAGGGUUUUUACUCGUUUUACAUUUAUGAUGCAAAUGACUUCCUUAGCCAUGAGAACAUUCUGAAAUUAAGUGUAAACACCUUGGGGACGUGGAGCUUCGUGAGUGAGAGAGGGGUCUACCAUGAAUCGCUUCCUGGGCUCUGGACUGCUCGGUGAGCAGAUGAACCAAAGUGCCUGUGGUGACGCUGGUCGCUACCGCCGCACACCCUGCCUUCCGGCGGCUUUCAGCUUACGCUCUGAACCGGGGGCAUUAUUCACAGUGGAGUCUGUAGCUUCAAAACACGUUUCACAGAGUCAUAAAGACCAGUCUGAUCUUGCCGCUUUCUGUUUAGUGUACAGGGGGAACUUUAUGAACAUAUAUGCACACAAAGCACUUAACCGUUAGUAGCAUGAGAAAGACAGAUAUUUACUUACUAAAUCUAGUUGCCUGCUCAUGAUACUAAAUUCAUUGAAGACAUUUUAAAAAUUAGAUCUGCGGAAGGACUGGCAUGAACUAGAAUCACCGUUGAGGGGACUUAGCACUCCAGGGUCCUGGCGAUGGCACACUGAGCUCCCAAUGGGUUUGUUGGCUAGUUCCUGACAACUCAUUCAUCGAGGAAAAGGGGACUUCAGCUUUUCUGCAUUCAGCCAAACCAGUGGAGAGAAAUUCACUUCAAUGAAUGUGAAUUCUGUUAGUUUGAACUUGUGGGUUGCUUGUCCUGUGCCUUAAAAUAGGAAGUAAAAAAGCGCUGUUUUCAAGUUUCAGAUGAAAACAAAAGCCCAGUAGUUGUAUUUGCCACACUUGACAUUCUGUAUCGAGAAUUCCUUUUGCAGACACUUCAUCGAGACCUCAGCCUUUUCAAGAACCUAAGCCAAAUGCAAAUAUAUGCGUACGUGCACGUAAACUGUGGUGGUGACUUUUGUUCUGACGCUAGCUGGAGCACCCGCUGCGAAUGUAAAACUGCAGAGGAUGUAUUAUAGACUGUCCUUUCUGUUCCGCUAACUCUACGUGACAGCGCAUGUAUUUAUUCAAUAAAACUUUUAUGUUAGCUCA